AUGCAGCAGGAAUCUAACACUGACUCUUUGUCGUUAGCUCUAAAGCCUGGGCCACAUAUCGCAUUCGUCAUCUACCUGCAGGGUCUGCUCGUGGCAGGGAUGUACCUUCUCGACACACAGGGGUUAACAGUCAAAGAAUACCCAAAGCUGGUAACUUUGCUAAUGGCGUCUGGUGUAUUCCAUGUGGCCUACUCUUACAUUUCUACAAACAUCGUCCUGGGGGUGAUGAAUGUCGUCAGCCACUCAAUCGCCAACAUCUUCAAGAGGCUUCUCGUAGUGCUCCUGCUGUCUGCUCUAGGAACUCGACAGCUGUCAACGAGCAACUACCUGGGGCUAGGUAUAGCAGUGAUUGGGCUUCUCGUCUACACACACGGGAAGAUCGGCGCAGACCAAAAAUCGUAUGUCGAAGAAAACAAGAGAUGCAAAGUUCGAAAUAGUAAGACAUGGCUGACAGUGCUUCUGUUAGCGGUGUUCACUAUUUUAUUUGUUCAUUCCGUAGGCGACCACGAGAGGGUAAGCACACGCUUGUCGUCUGCUCGACAACGUAUCUGCAGACAUGCAGACUCGGACUUCAACUGUUUACAGGAGGUCAGUGGAGCAAUAGAAGAAUUUUCCCACAUAAUCGAGGCUGAAACUGACACGGAAAUGCGAGAGUUUCUAUCAUGGCGCCUGGUGGACCAUCCAGAAGACACGGACAAGAGAUCCAAGACGCUGACGACAAACAAGGAAAUCGUAGAGGAAGCUCAGAGGAUUCUGGUUAACCUAAUGCAAGAUCUUUUAGGCAAAGCCAAGAACGUGAUGUUGAUAGAUAUCCCUGUCCAUGAAAACAAAGGCGACCCGGCCAUAGCUGCCGGGGAAAUUCUGCUGCUGGAAAAACUCAACAAAAGUAUUGUUUUCCAUUGUCAGACUCAUGCAUGCAAUCGCAGUCUAGGUUUGAAGGAAGCAAUCAAAGUCAACAGAAGAUACCCAAAUGGCGAUUUAGUUAUUCUUAUGCAUGGAGGUGGUAAUAUAAUAGGCUACCCAGUAGUAGAUCAUCUUCGAAGGAAAUACAUUGAAGCUUUUCCUGACAGAAAAGUUAUCAUUUUCUCACAAAGCAUCUGGCUUUAUGGGAAUUACUCUAAAGAACUAGAAUUCGCUCGUGUGACUUAUUCCAAUCGUUCCAAUUUGGUAAUAUUCCUACGUGAUCGACAGUCUCUAGAAAUAGCAAAGAACAAUUUUAAGGGUGUUAAGCUAAUUCUUGCACCGGAUCUGGCUUUCUGUAUCGGAAUGAUACCUCGACAAAUGCCACCGUUAUAUGACAUUAUGUGGAUACGAAGAGAAGACAACGAAAGUUCAAGUUAUACUCUUCCAACAAUUCCUCAUAAUAUUACCGUUUUUGUGGGUGAUUGGCUUCAGUGGCUGACUAAUAAAAGCAACAAAACAGUGGAGGACGUCUUUCUAAUAGCUUCUGCAGGAUUCCAUUUCCUGCUGAGAGGUAAAAUUGUGGUCACAGAUCGUUUGCAUGGGCAUAUCUUGUCUACGUUGUUGAACAUCCCACAC